CGAAAGCGUGCAUUGGCGAAAUCCCCUAGUUUUCCUGAAAGGAAUAUAUAAUUAAUGGGGGCAUUUCUGUAUGCUGGCUAUAAAGGCAUCCUCCAUACGCACAGCAUAGACUACGUUUGAAAAUAAAGAAACAGCGAAGUAAAGUCUGUGUAGCACUUUCAGUAUGGCAGCUGAAAUGAGACUGUUCCAGUUAUCAGAUGUUGAGGAUUUGCAGUAUGUGGAGGCAGUUGUUGGGCCUCUGAGUGAAGGAAUUGUCUCCAUCUCUAACAUCUGCAAGUCUCUCUUGGAUGCUCAGAUUGAUCAAACCACUGGCAUGUGCUACAAUUACGAACAAAUCAGGAGACAUAUUGAGCAUGCUGAGCAGUGCCUGAAAAAAUCUGAGACAGUGAUUAAAGAAAAACUGGGGUAUUUGGAUGAAUGCAUGGAGCAACUUAUUCAAGAAAAAGAAAAUGCUGAGCAGCAGAAGAAGGAAAAAUGUAUGGCCAAGGAUAAAUUACAUACUGAGAAGAACUCUGCUGAAGAAUCAUUAAAAAAUUACAAAGCAGCUUUGGAGCAGGCAGAAAAAAAUCUAGAAUCAGCAAAAUAUGCCUUAAAAGUACAUCAAGACAGGAAGAGCUCAGGUGAAGGGGUAACAACUACAGGGGCAGCACUGCUUGCAUUACCGGUUAUUGGAUGGAUUGCUGGUCCAAUCAUGAUCUGUGAGGGAGCACGUGUAACUAAUGAAGCUUCAAAGGAUAUCAGGGUUGCUGAAGAUGAGCUUAAGAAAAAUGAGUCUCAGGUGAAUGAGAGCAGCAUGAAAGUGUCUAAUUACCGAUCCAGGAUCUCUAGCAUACAGAAUGAGAUUGAAGAGACUGAUAAGGUGCUGCAUAAAAAUGAGAGGAAGGUUAAAGAGGUGAAGCAGCAUCUAGAGGUCACAGCUGAUAUUCAACAAAUGGUCAGAAGAGCUGUGAACCUACUGAGUGUUCUUACUGGAAGAGUCACUGUACUGGAGAAACAAACACAACGUUUCAUCCUCUGGCAGCCUGUGAUAAAAGCCAUGGAAGAUGCGGUGAAGGCGGCAGGAAAUAUUGCAGAGAAUCGGCUCCUCUACAGUCAGGGUGCAUCAGUCCUCAUAAAUACUUUAAGGGAGAACGUUGGAGGACUACAGACUUUAUGCAACUCACCCAGUAAUUCUGAAUAUGACAGCUAUUACUGAUCACCAUCAUCUAAUUGUACAAUGCAUAUAUGUAGGGGGCCAAGAAACAAACGACAAUGAGACAUUAAAGUGAUAUUUCAUAAUAAAAGCAUGA